CAUUCAUUCACCAGAUAGAAAACCUCGAACGACCGCAAUAUAAUACUCCAACUCGCCGACAACAUUCAAUGCGGACCCGGUAGCACAAGUGGAAGCUCUAGAGGUCCCACCAUAGUCUCUAGCAGCACAAAAAAAUGUCUGGAGUAAGCGCAACCCACCUCUUUUCUCUUUGCGACAGACGAGUCAUCCCAUCGCAGAGCUAUGAGCAUGAGCGCGAGCACGAGCAAGAAUACUGACAGCAUGCAGACUAAGCAUGCCUUCGAGCUAUGCGCUCACCUGGUCAACGAAACCUACGGCGAAUUAGCUUCGGUAUGUAUACUCCAUCUCAACUUGAAGUCGGCGCAAUUCCUAUAAUUGUCUAGACUUUUCAUAUUGGUGGUUUCUGACAUUGGCGCAGCGCAUUUUCACCAUCCUCCUUCGACGAGGCCGACUUCCAAUAUCUGCCCUGACAAAGCAUACGCGCAUCACUUCUCGAGCACUUCGACAUGGGCUCGCAGUCUUGAUCCAGCAGAACUUGAUAUAUCACAUCAGCGGAAAAGGAGAACCGACUUACUAUGAAGCAAACCCUGACGCCGCAUAUGCCUUGGUGCGGUCGGGCAAGAUCAUGAAUUUUAUCGAAGACCGUUAUGGGUCUUUGGCUCGAGAAGUAGUCAAGAUCAUAUUGCUCCUGGGUCACGCUCGUAUAUCUGAUGUUAUAGCCCAAUACAAAUCGCAGAAGAAAGAAGAAGCAAAGUUGGCGAAAAAGGCAAGAGAAGAAGAAAUCAGGCGGUUAGAAGAAGAGCGGGAGGAAGAAGAGGAGUCCGAACACCCACAGACCAAUGGUACCAAGCCGCAUACAGGAACAAAUGGAGUUGGCGCGCAUGUCUCUAUACCGACUGCCACUGAUGGUCAGUUGAAUACCAUUUUGGCCCGGCUUUGUGAGGAUGGAUUCAUUGAAAAGGUCGUCAAGGGCAUGUUCCAGAGCCCUGCCGAUAUUUUCAAUCAGCUAGAAAAGGAAACCAUCCGUGAGCAGUACCAGGGCCAAGUAAAGGGUGGUAAACAACAGGAGGCAGUUGACAAGAUCGUUUGUGCGGAAAUGAGGAAGAUGCGAUCGCAUGGACCUGACUGGAGACCACAAGUAACCAGAAAAAGACCUGCAAAUGGAGAGCAUCUCAACGGCAAUGAUAGAAGUGGCAAGAGAAGACGACUAUCCCAUAAUGGCUUCGCUGCUGACGACUCAGCUCACAAUAUAGACGACAAUUACGAAGAUGAUGGUGGAAGCCUCGACGUAAGUUAUAGGAAUCUAAGAAGUCGCAACGUAUACUAACUGUAGAAGCCGAGUCUAGUCGUGCGUAUCAAUCAUAAGAAAUGCCAAGUUGUUCUUCGUAACGUACGGCUUGUUGAAUUAGCCGAGCUAACAAUUGGAAAAACGACGUCCCUUAUCUACGCUGUGCUACUAGAUAAACUUGAAAACCAGCUCAAUCGGUGCAAAAAAGACCCGAUUGUUGACAAAGUAGACGACGACGCUAUCCUUCCUACAAUUAGCACCACGAUUCUUUCCAAGGCCCUCGAAGACACGGACAUUGACGCGAGUGACGGCAUUGGUAAAGCUAGAGCCGUAGAAGCAGAAGCGAACGGUAGAAAUAAAAAUGGGCAUGCGUCUGGCGAUAACGAAGACGACGAUCCAUUUGAUGAGGAACCUGUUCCGGCACGACCAGAAAAGCGCCGCAAUUUGGGUUCUGCACGAGAAAAUCACAUCCUUUACGUAGGUAGCCAUCUCGAUUUGCUCCAAAAAGAGGGGCUCAUUCAUUUGGAGAGCAAUGAUGGCCAAGGCACUUAUUCUGUUCAUUUCGAGGAGAUAAUGAAGAGAAUCCAAGAGUUGGAGCUCUUUCAGAUCAUAGAGGAGAACUUUGGAAUCGAAGGUCAUCGCCUGGCUCGCCUUCUCCACAAGCUCGGAAGACUUGAUGAAAAGGCACUUGAGAAGCGAGCCCUCAUGCAGCAGAAAGACGUCCGAACCAAGUUGGCUGCAAUGCAACUUGCCGGCUUCAUCGAAAUUCAGGAAGUUCCCAAAGAUCUAGCGAAUCGUGUCAAUAAUCGCACUAUCUUUCUUUGCUUUAUCGAUAUUGAGAGGCUAUCUGAUGUGCUCUUGGACAAGAUUUAUCAGUCAAUGUCUCGGCUUUUGCAACGGCUUGUAUUGGAACGGCGUACAUACACAAGCGUGCUGGAGGUUACAGAACGGUCUGAUUUGCGGCACGCUGCUCCAGAACAUUAUCUCGAACCGAAGCAAUUGGAACAGCUUAAAAAAUACCAGCGGAAGGAGGAAUUGUUGAUGGAGCAAAUUGGACGCUUGGAUAGCCUUGUUGGCAUCUUCCGUGACUUCUAGGUGGAUGACUCUCGCGGAGGGAAAACAUUGGGGUGGAACUUUGAUACGAUAACUUUGUUAGGCGAGUAUUUGCAUGGGUAGGCGUCGUUUUGCAGCAUUUAAUGGCAACGGCGUUAAAAGAAAAGCAGUGAUGACGGAUGUCUCCUGCUCUAUGGAUG